AUGAGCCCUCCGACUGAUUUGAAGGAAAUUGUCGAUUCCGAAAUCAAGGAAUGGCAUUUUCACAUCUAUUUCCACCAGCGGAACGCAGACGAACAUCAGGAGGCCCUUGAUCUCCGUGACGCCGUACUGCGUCUCAGACGGGAUGGUGCAUUCAUCGCCGUUCCUCUGUUUCGAGUGAACACAGACCCCAUCGGCCCUCACCCUGUUGGCUCGUAUGAAAUAUGGUGUCCCUCAGAGUCAUUUGCAUCCGUGUUUUCGUACCUCUCCCUGAACCGGGGUAAUCUCAGUAUCCUCGUUCACCCGCUCACUCGCGAGCAGCGCAAAGACCACGAAGUCCGCAAUGCGUGGAUCGGCCCUUCUUUCCCCCUUGAUCUGUCCACGCUCCCGAUUAAGAGCGCAGAGAUCCCCCUGCAGUAUCCCAGCCUCAAGGUGGGCUACUCCUCGACCGCGCCCGCGCUGUCGCUCGAGGACCGCCGCAAGAUCGGCGCGAACAUCGAGCACAUCCUCAAAGGCGAGAAGGAGGCCGCGAAGGCCCCCAGCAACUAG